GCAGAGCUGUCUAGAGGGUAGGACUGUGCAUGGACCGUCCCUCUCCAGGACAGAAAACCUGCUGUUACUCCUGAAUCAUUCUUAUGAACCAGGCAUGGUCACCUGUUCUAGUUGUGAAUCGGUUCUUCAGCUGCCUUUACAAGGUUCUCUCCACAUGAGGAAAUCUGAAAAAAUGGGAUUUUUACAUCUCUCCAGCCAGCACUGAAAACGAAUGGGGAUUGCAUUGCUUUGCCUCUUUUUCCUAUUUCUGCAGAGAAAUAACAAUGUGCAAGGGAAUUGUUCUCAGGAAAAUGCAGUGACUUGCGAAGACUGUUUGCUCUCUGGACCACACUGUGCUUGGUGUUUUCAAGAGAAUUAUACAGACUCAGCUGGAAUUCAUGGAAGGUGUGAUACCCCAGAAAAUCUUUUAUCAAAAGGAUGCCAGUUGAAUUUGAUUGCAUUUCCCAUUUCCAAAGUAGAAAUUCACAAAAACAAGCCCCUUAGUAUCGGAAUACAGAAGAACAAUUCUGAUGUCACACAGAUUUCUCCUCAAAAAUUAACUCUUUGGCUGCGACCGGGACAUGAAGAAACAAUACAGAUCAAAGUUCGCCAAACUGAAGAUUAUCCAAUUGAUCUCUAUUACCUAAUGGAUCUUUCAGCUUCAAUGGAUGAUGAUCUGAAUACAAUAAAAGAAUUAGGUUCAACUCUUUCCAAAGAAAUGUCAAAACUGACAAGCAACUUUAGACUGGGUUUUGGAUCUUUUGUUGAAAAACCAGUUUCACCAUUUAUCAAAACCACAGCUGAAGAAAUAAACAACCCUUGCAGAAGUGUUCCAUAUGAGUGCUUACCUACCUUUGGAUACAAACAUAUUUUGCCACUGACAAAUGAUGCAGAAAGAUUCAAUGAAAUUGUGAAAGGACAGAGAAUCUCUGCUAAUAUAGACACUCCAGAGGGAGGAUUUGAUGCGAUUAUGCAGGCAGCUGUUUGCAAGGAAAGAAUUGGAUGGAGGAAUGAUUCUUUACAUUUACUGGUGUUUGUGAGUGAUGCAGAUUCCCAUUUUGGGAUGGACAGUAAACUGGCAGGGAUUGUUAUUCCUAAUGAUGGGAACUGUCAUUUGGACCACAAUAACGAAUAUUCCAUGUCAACUGUUCUGGAGUAUCCCACAAUUGGACAAUUAAUUGACAAACUUGUGCAAAACAAUGUUUUAUUAAUUUUUGCUGUAACAAAGGAGCAAAUUCACAUAUAUGAGAACUAUGCAAAGCUUAUUCCUGGAGCUACUGUUGGACGACUACAGAAAGAUUCUGGAAAUAUUCUCCAGCUGAUCAUUGCCGCAUAUCAGGAGCUGAGAUCUGAAGUAGAACUGGAGGUCUUCGGAGACACAGAAGGACUCAAUCUCUCUUUCACUGCAAUCUGUAACAAUGAGACCUUUUUUCAGCAUCAGAGGAAAUGCUCGCAUGUGAAAGUGGGAGAUACAGUCUCUUUUAAUAUGACUGUAAGUCUCCCUACCUGCGAAAAAAAUAGAAGGCAUGUUGUGAUAAAACCAGUGGGUCUCAGUGAUGCCCUGGAAAUUGAAAUUCAUCCACAAUGCAGCUGUAACUGUCAGGCGAAGGCUGAGGUGAACAGCUCAAAGUGCAACAAGGGGAAGGGAUCUUUUGAGUGUGGAGUGUGUAUCUGCAACCCUGGCUACAUGGGUCCCCACUGUGAAUGUGAUGAAAAUUCACUCGGCACUAAUUCUUGCAAGGGCUCUGCAGAACAGAGUUCCUGCAGCGGGAGAGGUGACUGCUAUUGUGGACAGUGUGUUUGUCACUCCUCAAUGUAUGGAAAAGUUUACGGGCCACACUGUGAAUGCGAUGACUUCUCUUGUGUGAGAUAUAGAGGACUUCAAUGUGGAGGCAACGGUGACUGUGAUUGCGGUGAAUGCGUGUGCCACAGUGGAUGGACUGGUGAAUACUGUAAUUGCACAACUGACACUGGCUCCUGCGUUUCUGAGGAUGGGACGCUGUGCAGUGGGAGAGGCGAAUGCAUCUGCGGGUCGUGUGCUUGCACACAUCCAGGGGCUUCAGGCAGCACAUGUGAAAAAUGCCCUCUGUGCGGUGACCCUUGCAGUUCCAAACGGAGCUGUGUAGAAUGUCAUUUGACUUCUGAUGACAAGUCACAGGGAGAAUGCAGUGACAAAUGUAAAUUGGUUGAUGCAACUGUCAGCACUGCGGAGGAUUACUCAGAGGAUAAAUCCAUUCCCUGCUCUUUGCAGGGGGAAAAUGAAUGUAUUACCACAUUUCUACUGGCUAUGGAUGAACAGGGAAGGACAAUCAUUCACAGCAUAAAACAGAAAGAUUGUCCACAACUUCCAAAUAUCCCAAUGAUAAUGGUGGGUGUCACCCUUGCUAUCCUUCUAAUUGGCAUUGUUUUACUUUGUAUAUGGAAAUUACUCGUGUCCAUUCAGGACCGAAAAGAGGUGGCCAAGUUUGAAGCAGAAAGAUCAAAAGCCAGAUGGCAAACGGGGACAAAUCCACUGUACAGAGGCUCAACAACCACUUUUAAAAAUGUAACUUACAAGAACCAAGAAAAGCAAAAAGUGGCCAUGACUGCAGAUUUCUAUUAGCGCUUCCCACAGUACCAACUUAUUGUUACUGGCAGGAAACCUAAAAACACUAUUCUGCUUUUAUUUCUUCUCAGCUGAUUAUGUGGUAUUUGUUUGCACGCUGCAGUGGCAUAGUAAGUCUGUUAGAGAAAAUAUAUCUUGUGUUGGGGAAACUAUAGAUAACAUACUAGUACUAAAAAUUAAUAGGAACAUUAAAAAAAGCUUUAAUACUAAAGCCCCCCAAGAACUGAUCUUAGAAAGAUGGCAUCACCGAUAAUUUUAAAGGAUUAAAAAUGAUCAUAAGUAAGCCUAUUUUUGUGAACUUAAGUAUGUACAAUGAGUUUUAUAUUACCUUGUUCAUCCAUGCUACGCUACAUGCUUGUGUUUAGGUAUGUAUUUUUACCAGUUUAUUUGGUGGGCUGGUUUCAAUUUUAAAAGGAUAAAUUUUUCAUGAAUGCUGCUUGAACUGCUGAGGUUUCUCAUAUCAGCUGUGGGACUGAAAAACUUUUCAUCAGAAGCAAUUAGUGUUAUGGCCUGUCUUGCAUGGAUCUAAGGUACCUCCUUUCUAAUUCCUUCUUGUCUUGUUUCCCUCCUUCCGUAACCUUGAAUCUCUUCCUGUUUGAUGUUCUUUAGGAAUCCACUCCCCGAAGUUAAGCUAAAUCAAACCCUUAUUCGCUUGCAUAGUUGUUUUCUGUUCUAGGUAUAGACUGCUUUUUGUUUUCUUUGCUUUGAAUUCUAGUGGAGAGGACCCACAGCGAAAAAGUAAUAUUUGUAAAUUAGAGAACCCAGACAAGAAACUUGAAACCAGAGGAUUACGGGGGGAAAAAAAAGUCUUUUCACCAUUUCCAUUCUAUUUAGGCACUCAAAAUAAACCUCUCAUGGGCUGUGGCAUGAGCUCUUUACACGCAGGAAAAUUUCACACAUAAAGACUUAGUAUCCCACACAAUGUAGUUUUUGUUGAUAUAUCUUGAAGUAUGAGGUUUUUUUGCAAUGCCCAGCAACCAAACCAUUUAUUCGUGUGAGAAAUAAUAUAUUCAGUUCUUUUUGGCAGGUUUUUCAAACUAGGCAGCAAGUAGAACUAUGAAUUCCAUUUGAUACUCAUUUCCAUGACACUAAUGAGGAUUUUUAAAUCUCAGUUUUAACUACAGUUAUUAAUAACUUGUCAUAAAUUGUAAUGCUAUUAUCAUACACAUCACUAGGAAAAAAAAUGUCCCCCCCAAAUCAGCUAACAUGAUGGCAUAAAAAUGACAAUAUUGGGCUAUUUUAAGCUGACAAUAAUAUAAUUAACUUCUUAAUAUCAUUUUUCCUCUAUAUUUUUUAAUAUUCUGGAAUACAUGGCCAAAACGUACACAUGAAUAUACAUAAAAGGGAAGGAUUAGAAAACAAAAGUACAUUGACCCAUAUCACAGACUAACCAGUUAUGUACAUUCCCUAAGGUAAAGUAUGCAUUUGAUUUUAAAAACUUGAUAUUAUCCAUUUUUCAAGAAAAAUUCACAAAGUCUGUGCAACUUCAGCCUCUAUAUCCUUUACAGUUACUGGAUAUGAGAUUGAUACUUUAGACGCCUGUUUUAGGGCCUGAUUCAAAGCCUGUUGGAGUCAAUGGCUACAGAUGAGGAUCUGGUUUCAGUGAAACUAUUAGUUUUGGUUUACAGAGGUUGUUUUGUUUAAACAAACUGGUUAAUACCGUCUAUUAGUGGAUUAGAACCCACAUUAUCUAUUUCUGUGCAAAGAGAAAUAAACAAUAUCGGAUGCCUUUGGAAAGAAGGUGAUGCUAUAAUCACAUAUGAAAUAUAAAAUGAUUGCAGUGUGAAGGAAAUGAUAGCUAUCAUUAAACUGGAACAGCUUUGUGUCUGUACUCUUCAGUACUCUUGCAUAUCUCAUCACGAAAGUUGUGCAUGGACAAAGGCCUGAAUCUGCAAUCCUUCCAGCCGCUAGACUCCCACAGAUGUCAGUGCAAGUUAUAUAUGGUACCAAAUCCAGCUUCCCUAGCACAUAAAUAAUCUCCCUGGAUGUAAAGCUGGCCCCUUGGCUUCAGUGGGAGUUUUGUCUCAGACUGCACUUGGGCCAGGAUUGCUUAAAGGACUAUGGAAAUCUGGAUUUAGCUUACGGAAAAUAUCUGUUACCUUUUUUUUUUUUUUUUUUCCCCAAGUAAAACUCAUCAAAUGACAAUCUGACUUUUAAGUGCUGUUUCUGAGAAGGCUGAUUCUGCAGCUCAAUCUUGGGGAUGAGUCCCCUUCUUCUGUAGGUCACUCAUUUCAAAUAUUUAAUUACUUUUCAGUAUUCCAAAGUUUUUACUGAAGUCAUGCUCACAUUUCACAUAAAACAAUUGGUGGUUUACAUUUCCUGCUCCUACAGGAGAUUUCAUUUCACAAAACUCCUCAAACUGUUCCCAUCAUUUGUAUCUUCUGCUCAUCAGCAAAGAUCCAAAAGGGUAUGGAGAUAAUGUUUACAGUCCAAUUAAUCCUCCUAGCAAUCUUCCUGCAAAUCCUUAAUGAUGUACAGAAAUCAGACAGUAUGUUUUGCAAUUUCCUUGCUGUUAUCGUACUAUAACUUUUCUGUGCGUCUUCAAAAUUGUCAGAAUGAAAAUCACUCAAAUAAUUAAGAAUUCAUCAGAAGAGAGAAAACUGAAGGGCUCAUUGAGAAAGACCUCUAUCACUGAGGGAGAUCCAAUACCCAGGUUCACUCAUAUGAGCUAUUCUUUUAACAGCAUUAAUUUAUACCAUAAAUUUUGACCAAAAUCGUAGAUUUAAAGAACUUUCAAAGUCUUACUUGGCAUUCACCCUAGAAACAAGAGUGGUGUUCAUCUUCUUUGUUAAUUGCAUUAUUUUUAUCUUGUAGCGUUUGUAUCAAAGUUCUUUUUUUCCUUCCUUUUUUCCUCACCAAAUUAUGAGUGAGUUUGUGUGUGGUGAGGAGGAUGGAAAAGUCUUUCUGCUCUUUUCAUGAGUAUUGUUUUGACCUGAGGCUGGACCUUGAGAAAGGCCAAAACAUUUUUAAUAGAAAUACUUCUAUUCACUGAAGAGUUAAACUAAA